UUGUAACGACGAGACUCUUCUCUUUAUCAAAAUGAAAUUAAUAACAUAUACUUGUGCUCUAUUAGUUAUUCUUAUAUUAGAAGUGGAGGGAAAACUCGAAUUGGAUAUUUUCAAAACUGACGUAUCGUCGACCAUCGGCAAGCAUCAUGGGCGUUACAUCCGCAGUGCUUUGACGGGACUGGAGGGAAAUUAUCCGUGGAAAAACGAUUCCGCAGAUAUAUAUAAAUUCAUGAAUGGCGAAUACUAUGGCUUGAUAAAAGUCGGCUCACCGGCGCAACAAUUUCGCGUGAUGUUCGACACUACUUGGAGCGACGUAUGGUUACCCUCAUCCCAUUGUGCAUGGACCGAAAUCGUUUGCCAGCUGCACAACCGAUACGACGGCUCGAAGUCAUCGACGCACGUAGAAAACGGCACGAUUAUCAAUCUGAACUCUUCGGCGCUAUCGUUGGGUGGUAUAUUGUCAACCGACAACUUUCACUUACAAAAUAUUGAGAUCGUCAAUCAGACGUUCCUCGAGGCCACCCACAUAUCGCUCAAUCCGUUCGUAAAAUACAAGUCCGACGGUAUCGUAGGUCUGGCCUACAAGGAACAGUCCGGCUGGCCCGGAGUCACUCCUUUCUUUUACAAUUUAAUGGCACAGAACUUGAUCGAGGACUACGUGUUCACGUUUUACAUGAACAGAGACGCGACGACCGACAGAGCCGGCAAGGUACUUUUCGGCGCCACGGCCCGUACGAAAAUCGUCCCGGACACCCUAACAAAGCUCGAGGUCGUCGAGCCGCACAAAUUGUGGAAAGUCAAAGUCGGAGGGAUAUUCGCGACGAAAAGCAAGAAGGAGUAUCCGAUAACGGGCGAGACAUAUGCCGUGUUUGACUCGGCGGCCAACACAAUUGUUGGGCCUUCUGAACUGAUAAAAAAGCUCAACUACAUGCUUCAAGCCGUCUACAUAAGUGGACUAGAUAGAUAUUCGGUGAAUUGCCGAGAAUAUGCCAAAUUGCCUUCGGUGACUUUCGUGAUGAACGGACAGAACUUUGAAAUACAGUCAAAGUACUACGUGCAACGCGUUGUCGUCGAAAGCAUCGAAGCCUGCUUCAGUCCAUUUAUUGAGAACGAAGAUCCCACAGCUGACUACUGGGAAUUGGGUGGUGCUUUCAUGAUGGAGUUUUAUACUGAAUUUAAUAUGAACGAGCACGCUGUCUAUGUGGCUAAAACUAUUUUCUGAAGAAGAAAAAAUUAUCUAUCCUUUUACCUACACUUGUUCAUGUCUAUUUUAAUACGUCACGAUAAUGAUACUUUUUUUAAUACUUUUUAAAUAAAAUGAAGACUUACAUUUUCAAAAACAACGCGCCUUACUUUUAUAGUAUCCGUUGGCUGAUGAAAGAAUGCAGAUAUUUUUCAAGCAAGAGGUCUGAUCUCAAUCCUCAUUUCUAGCUUAUAUUUGUGUGACAUGUGAUCAUAAUGCGCAGACUCC